AUGACCGCAACGACGACUUGGGUCUAUGAUCUUGGGGUCAUCAGCGUGGUAGGCCUUAUUACGUCUGUGGUGCGCACCAGUGCAAGGCAAUAUUUUGAGCGGUCGAUAUCAGAGUGGUCUAAGCUUGAUGAAGCAGUCAAGAGCAGAUUGGCCGUUGAAGUGGGCGUUAUACCAUCUCGAAUCGUCUUGUUCUACCUCACUCUGCCACUUGUACUGAAUGGAUUCUCCCCUAUGGAGACAUGGACAGCGAGUGAUACAACAAAUUCUCUGCUAUCGUGCGCUAUUUUGACUGGAGCCUAUAUCAUUGAUCUUACCGUUACAAGGAAUGACAAGGCCGCUACGUUGCAUCAUAUCAUGGGUCCAGCCUUACUACUAUGGAUUCGUCUCUGCUUCUCAUCAUUCACCUCUUCAGAUGCACUAUUAUGUCGGUUGCUCAUCCAAUUUGUGUUUUUUGGAGCAACAAUCUCAGGUGCUACAACAACCACACUGGUAUUUCUGUACCAGUUCAGAAAGACAUGGUUCAGAUCCAGUACUAGUAACGCGUAUCUCUAUUUCACAUUGCUUCUUCCGGUAUUAGCUUUAUCCACUAUUGCCAGCACUUUUUAUUGCACUACCUAUCUAUUAGUCUGGUUCGACGAAGUUUUCGCCUAUUUUGGACAUUGGGGCUAUCUACCGCUUGGAUGGGUUUUGGUCGAGUGUGGCAUGCAGUGGAAAUGGCUAAUGUGGUUCUACAACUUUGACGAGUGGUACCGCAACACUACAUAUGAAGACCCAAAGGAGUCGAAUGAAACCAAAGCGCACAUGGCGAAGGUGGCCUCAACUGCAUGGUGGCUCCCGAGGUGGCGCUUUGUAGCCAUAAAGCUCCUGGCUGCGACGUGGUUUAUUACUGUACUGGGAGUCAUUUGGAAGUCAGGCGAUGUUCAAUUUUUGGGAAGAAAAGUCGCUGGAAUUGCUGCAAAUGCUUGGAAAGAGGGGCUAAAGAUUCGUUACGAUAUAUUAGAUGUCCAGAAACACGUGGACUUGUGA